CUUCCAAGUGCUCGCCUUUUUUUCGCAUCACGUUCGCGCGACACUUAUGUAAUCGCAGAAUCGUUGGUAUUGAAUAGACUAUAGAAAUCAAUUGGGAUUACCUUGGUGGAUCAUAAGCCUCUGUCAGUAUGGCUGACGUGGAUGAUGAACUCUUAGCACUCGUCGGCGGUGAUGAAUCGUCCGACGAGGAAGCAGAGCAGCCUAUCAGUCGCUCCGCGUCUGGUUCGCCUGACCCCGAUGCUAAGAACCAAACAUCCAAAAAAUUGAGGCAAAAAUCUAGUAGGAGGAAAGCUGAUGACUCAGAUGAGGAGGAAGGAGAAGCUUCCUCGAUGGCGUCUCCCGCAUCGCAGAAUUCCGCCCCGAUGGACGAGUCCGACUCGGAUUCGGAGACCUUCCAGGCCAACGCCAACGGCAAGGUGGACGAUGGCGAUAACAAGUACCCCGUAGAUGGAAUUUACGAAAAUGAACGUGAGAAGGCGGAUAUCCUAGCUAUGCCCGAACUCGAGCGAGAGCAGUUGCUUGCCAAACGUCAAGAAGAAGUCGAUCGUCAACGACAAAAUACUCUAUUACGUCGACUACUAAAGACUCGAGAAGAUGAUAGCCAGUUAGCUAAGAAGCGCAAAGCUAGUAGCGCAGACCUAGACGAUACCCAGCGUAAGACCUCCCGACAGCGAACGAGGGUCGGUAAAGUGGGCGAAACAAGCGCAGGAAUAGAAUCACUUCGCCGCGCCCGCGCCGAAAAGAAUGAUCGAGUACGUCGCAGAGAGGAGGACCGAGAACGCAACAAGAAAUCGCACUCAGCCCUACGGGGUAGUCCUGAUGGCGAUAUUGAUGGCGAUAGUGAUGGUGGCUGGGCAGGCACAUCUAAGGACAGACGCUCCAAGUCACGAACCCCCGAGGUCAAGGAAAUCCCAUUCGCCGAUAUACGUGAUAUGGAACGCGUACGACUUGGUCGCAGCCGCUUCGCUCAAGUUUGUUUCUACCCUGGUUUCGAUCAGGCUAUUACUGGAUGUUAUGUUCGUAUCGCACUUGGCCCAGGCUCCGAUGGCGCUAAUGUCUACCGAAUGGCUCUCAUCAAAGGUUUUACACAAGGGAAGCCGUAUGCUAUGGAGAAAUCCAACGGCCAGAACUUUGUGACCGAUCAAUAUGUCAGAGCAGCGCACGGUAAAUCGGAGAGAGAGUGGCCCUUCAUCAGUUGUUCCGACUCGGCCUUCACCGAGGCCGAAUUCAACCGCUAUAAGAAGGUUUGCCAAGAUGAGGGCGUCAUCUUUCCCAAGAGACCGACAGUGGAUGCCAAAAUCGAUGAUAUCAAUGCUCUUGUGAACCGUCCCUGGACUGAUUCCGAAGUCAACGCUAAGAUUGAGCGAGAGCGAAGCCUACUUCAGAAGUUCGCUCCCACGGAGCGAAACCGAUUGGUUAACUUGAUAGAGGAAGCUAAGCGUCGCGGCGAUGACAAGCAAGUUGCGGAACUUCAGGAUAAAUUGGAUUCUCUCGAGACACCGCGCUUGGCCUUUAAGACCAGCCUAGCUCAAUCCAACAAGUCGGCAAGUUCUACACCUUCUCAACAAGAGCGUUUAGCAGCUCUGAAUGCCGAGAAUCGUCGCCGCAAUGCAGAGUCAGUGCGCAAGGCGCAAAUGAUGGAGAAGGCAAAAGCUCGCAAGAUUGAGGCUCGAAUCGCACGAGGAGAAGACGUUGAGGAGGAUACCUCGCGGCGUCUAAGAACCAAGCCAAAGUUCAUGCAAGAUAUCAAUGAGUCCUCAGAUCGCAAAUCAACGCCUACUAAUGGUAGCGGCGCAUCCACCCCGGCAAAUGGAACACCAAAGCAGAACGCUACCACCAAAGCACCGUUAUUACCCCAUCUACAAAAGCUGCAGAUACAGAACCACCAGUCUGGAAAGGAUAAGAAGGGCAUCCCACAAAUUCACAAGCCAAUCGUGGAUGACGAUAUCAUUGCAGCCCUGGACCUUGAUAUAGAGGUUGAUAUAGACUAGAAGAAGCAUGCAACGUAACU